AUGAGAAGAGGGUUAGGAAAUGAGAAGCGUUUUUUGAGACGAUCCUUCAAUAGAUCAUAUUACUACAAGAAGAAUGAAAAAGAGAAGGUUGAAGAAAUGAGUAGUAGGAAAAAUAACAAUUACGAAAAAGAAGAGGAAGAAGAAGGUGAAGAAGAUAUAGAUGGAGUUGAUGAAGAAAUGAAAGAAAAAUGUGGUGAUGCAGUGUGCAAUAUGAAUUCAUCUGAUAUAGAUGAAAAAAAGAAAAAAAAUGAAAAAUUGGUAGUAAAAGAAAAAAAUGAAUUAUUUGUAAACGAUGAAUCUUUUUUGUCGAAGAAUAUAGAAGAAAAUAAUAAUGAUAAGGAUCAAGAUACAAAUAGUGUUAUAUGUCCAUUAUGUGUUGAGGUGUUAGAUGAGACUGAUAGAAAUUUUUUCCCAUGUGAUUGUGGAUAUCAAAUAUGUUUAUGGUGUCUUUAUUAUAUAAGAGAUAAUAUGAAUAAUACAUGUCCAGCUUGUCGAAGAAGUUAUGAUGAAAAGAAUUUUAUUUAUAAUAGAGAGACACAUGAAAAAUUAAUUAAGAAACAGAAGAGUAAUAAGAAUAAGAGUGAUAAUAAUAAUAAUAAUAAGGGUGAUAAUAAUUGUAUGAAUAAUAAUAAUCAGGUGGAUAAUAAUAAUAUUAAUAGUAACAAUAAUAAUAUUAAUACUACAACAACAACUACUACUACUACUAAUAAUAAUAAUAAUAACAAUAAUACUAGUAAUAAUAAUAAUAAUAAUAAUAACAAUAAUACUAGUAAUAAUAAUAACAGUAACAAUAUUGAUAAUGAUAAUGAUAAUGAUGAUAAUAGUAGCGAUUGUUCUAUUUACAAAGCUCUGGAUACUAUUAGUUUAUUAUAUAGAUCUGAUGUAUAUAAACAUUCUAAUAUUUAUAAUAUUCAUGAAUAUGAUAACUUAUUAGAAAUAAUUAAAAGUAUAAGAGUUGUUCAAAGGAAUCUAGUUUUUGUCAUUGGAAUAACAGCUACAUAUGCAAAAAAAACAGUUUUAAAAAAGAAUGAACAUUUUGGAAAAUAUGGAAAAAUAUUAAAUAUUAUUAUAAAUAAAUCUCAAGCAUAUAAUCCUCAAUAUAAUGGUCCAUCUUUUAGUGCAUAUAUAACAUAUAGUAAUGAGAAAGAAGCUAUAAAUGCUAUAUAUUUUAUAGAUGGAAUGACAUUAGAUAAUAAAAUAUUAAAGGCUUCAUUUGGUACUACAAAAUAUUGUUCAUCUUUUUUAAAAAAUUCUUCUUGUGGUAAUGAAGAAUGUUUUUAUUUACAUGAAUUAGGAAAUGUGAUUGAUAGUUUUUCAAAGGAUGAUAUACAUGGACCUAAACAUAUAUAUCAUGAUCUUUUAUAUUUAUAUUUUAAAAAAUUACCAGAUAAAAAAAAUGAUACCCCUUAUGAUUCUUUAGCAAAUAAUAUAGCCAUAAAAAACUUUAGAUUACAUGAAGAAGAUAUAUCUUCAUUAGUAAAAAUAGAAAAAGCAGAAACAAAAAAGAAAAUGGAAAAUCAUAUUGAAGAUUCAACUGUUGUUAAUGAUGAUAAAAAAAAUAAUAAUAUUAAUUAUACUGAUUUUAAAUAUUUUAAUGAAUGGAAAAAUAAAAAUUUUAAUUUGGAAAAAUUUAAACAAGAUCCAAAUAAAAAUACACCACUUCAAAAUCAAAGACAAUCGAAAUGGAUUUCAGAAGAUAAAAUAUUACAAAUAAAAAAAAGUGUUACACAUGAUAAUAUACCAUUACAAUCAAAUGAUCAAGAAAAUUAUGAUAUAGAUUAUGAUGCACAAGAUAAUAAUAAUGAUGAUGUAAAUGAUAUACUUGAUGGUGAUGAUAAAAAAUCUAAUACUAAUAAAAUUAAAGCAAAGAAAAAAAAGAAAUCAAAAAGUGAAGAUGUGUUACCUUUAGAUAUGUUAAAAAAUAAUUCACUUAUAGAAAAUAAUAAAAAUAUACCUACUAAUGAUAAGAAAAGUAAAAAUUAUUUAAAUUCUUUGCAAAAUGUUUCUACAUCUUUAAUUUUUAAUAGUUAUAGUGAUGACAAAGAUCCCAUCUCAAAAAAAAACAACAUCAACAAUAAUAAUAAUAAAAAUAAUGUGGUUAAUGAUGCAGAUUAUGAUUCACACUAUCUUAAUGAACUCUCUGAAAAUUAUCCUUCAAUUAAUGAAGCUUUAUUAGAUAAAGAUAAAAAGAAAAAGGCCAAAAAAAAAGCAGAAAAAAAUAAAGCAGAAAAGAACAAAACAGAAAAGAACAAAGCAGAAAAGAACAAAGCAGAAAAGAAUAAAGCAGAAAAGAAUAAAGCAGAAAAGAAUAAAGCAGAUACAAAUAAAGAAGAUACAAAUAAAGAAGAUAUAAAUAAAGCAGAUACAAAUAAAGAAGAUACAAAUAAAACAGAUACAAAUAAAACAGAUACCAAUAAAAUGAUGACAAAAGAACAAAUUGAACAACAACAAAAAGAAAACGAUUCUAUAGAUACAAAAAAGAAUAAGAAAAAGAAUCAAAACAAUCAAAACAAUCAAAUGGUAGAAAAUAAAAAAAAGGAACAAGAUAAUAUAAACAAAAAUAACACUACAAAUAAUAAACAAGAAAAUAAGAAUAUUAAUGAAAAGAGUACAGAUGAUUCCAAAAAACUUACAUCCCUUAUUACAAAUUAUUUUAGUGAAUUAUUAGAUAAGAAAAAAAAGAAAGACACACCAAGAAAUGAAGCCGAACAAACAAAUGAAGAAAUUAAUAAAGAAAAUGUAAUAGAUAAAAAGAAAAAUAAAAAUGCCCCAUCUCAACAUGUUAUCAUAAUUAAUGAAAAUAACAACAACAAUAAUAAUAUUAAUAAUAAUAAUAAUAAUAUUAUUGAUUUUAGUCAAGGACAGGUUGAAGUUGCAAGGAAAAAAGAAUUAAGUUUCGCGCUUGACGAAAAAAUUAAAAAAAACUUAGAAAAAAAAGAAAACAAAGAAGGACAAUCAAAGGAAGACAAGAAAGGAGAUCAACAACAGUCACAUGUAUAUUCAAGUAUAGACAAGGAACAAUUAGGAAUGGAAAACGAAAGUUUAGAAGAAUCGAAAAGAAAAGGAAAAAUUAUUCAACAGAAGGAUAAUAUAAAAGAUGGUGAGCUUAUUAAAUGUGAUGAGGAUAAAACAGAAGGGGAUCAAAGUAAUACAUUAACAUAUUAUGUUACAAAUGAACAAGAUAAUUUUGAUGAAGACAUAGAAAACAAAAUAGAUAAUGAAAAGGAUAAAGAUAACCUAAAUGAAAAUACAUCAAAAGGUAAAAAAAAAAUAGAAAGCAAUAAUAAAAUGGUAGGUAAGAAAAUAAUAAUUGUGGAAGAUAUUAUUAAAAUGAAAAGUAUUAAUAAUAAUGAAAAUAUAGAAUUACCAGAAGAAAUAAAAGAAUAUAUCAAAAAAAUGAAAAGUGAAGGUAUAAAAGAAAAUGUAGAAUUUGAUAUUUAUAAUAAAUUUAUAAAUAAUUAUUUGAAUGUAAAAGAAUAUGUAGAUGGUAUUAUUGUAGAAGGAGGGAUAGGGAAGAAAGAAAAUGAUAAUAAUAUGAAAGAUCAAAAAAUAGGAAAACAUGAAGAAGAUAAUAAAAAUAAAUUAUUAAUUAGCAAAACAGAAGAAAGUACAUCAAAAAGAAAACAAAAAAAUAUGUUGGAUAAGAAAAAGAAAAAAAACAAAAAUGAUGAUAAUGAGGAAGAAAAUGAUAAUGAACAAGAUCAAGAGGAACAUGAAAAUCAGGAUAUUAUCAAUAAAGAUGGUAUAUUACAACAAGAGAACAAAAAAAUAAAAAACAAGAAAGAAAAAGAAAAAGAAAAAAAAAAGAAAAAAAAAACAAAAACAAAAAUAAAAAUAAAAAAUGAUCAACAACAAGAAGAAGAAGAAGAAGAAAAAGAAGAAGAUUAUGAAGAAAAACAAAAGGAUAAUAUAACAUUAAUAAAGAAAAAAAAGAAAAAAGAUAAAAAAAUUAUUUCAAAUAAAAAAAAUCAAAUGUAUCAUAAAGAAAUGGAAGGAUAUAUAAUGGAUACAAUAACGGGUAUAAUGCUGAAUGAAUUAAAAAGUAAAAAUAAUGUCAAAAAAAUAAAUAUUAAUCAAAAUAAUAAUGAUGAUGAAAAAAAUGUAUUACUCAAGGAUGUUGAAAUUUUUAUAAAAAAUUUAUGUGUUGCUAAAUGUAAAUCUAUAGAAAAUAAUAAGAAUAAAGAAAAUAUACUUUAUAUAAUAGAAGAAGGAAAUGAUGAAAAUAAUACAUCAAAAAAAAAAGGAGCCAAAAAAAAAAUAAAAAGAAAUGAUUAUAUAUUAUAUUCGAAUGAUGAACAUACAUUUUUAAAAUCACAUAAGGGUAUAAUGCAAUAUAUAUUAAAAAAUGGAAACAUCAGCAACAAUAAUAAUAAUAAUAAUAAUAAAAAUGACAAUGUUGAGGAUAAAAAUAACCAUAUUGAUGAUAAAAAUAACAAUAUCGAUGAUAAUAAUAAUAGUAAGGCUAAAACAAAAACAAGCGAAUAUCUAAAUGAUAAAAAUACCUUUGAUUUUUUUAAAGAUCUUAUCAUAUCGAAUAAUCAAGAUAUUAUUCAUACAGCUGAUCAUAUUAUAUUCGAUAAAAUAUUUAACGAACAAAUAAAUUUUGUACAACAAUUAUGUGAAACAGAUUUUAAAAUAAGUUCAACAAAUGUUAUAUCGACAAAUAAAAAAACAGAUAAACAUCCAUAUCAAUCUAAUCAUAAUGCAAAUAAUAAAUUAAAAAAAAAUACACAGGGAGGAGGAAAUAUAUCAAAUAUAUGGGUUCAUUUCGAUAAUACUUUUCAAAAUAAAGAAGUGAAUGAGAAGCUCAAUUUAAGUGCAUAA